UCUACAGCACCAUUCGCUCAUUCGCCCAAACGAACCUCAUACCUAUUAAUCGUGCGCGCAAUUCCACCCUUCUACCAUACAACGACGCUUGCGCCCAUAAAGGAACCGACGUCAUGGCAUCUGGAUAUGGCCUCCAAGGAGGCCCAUCGCGAUGCUUCGGAUUCUGGCAAGAGCUUCUAGCUUGCUAUGUAGUCAACACAUCUGCCGAGGAUGACUCGGGGAAGAAGAAGUGUGCGCCCGCACUAGAGGAUUAUUACGAAUGUCUACAUCAUAAGAAAGAGGCCGUAAGAGUGAAACAGUUACAAGCCGCAUAUCGAAAAGCAGAAGCAGCGUCAACACGAGAGAACGCACCGAGCGCCGGACAAAUAAGAAAUCUGGGCUUACUGGGCAAGGAAGAGGAUACCAAACAUGUCCUUGGCGGAUGAUUAUGAUACCUUCACUCGAAAUCCGACGCUACCGUGUACGUAUUAGGCUCUCGGUGUAUGAGGAUAGGGCCAAAGUAUUAUCCAAAUAUAUCCAUGGACACCUAUGGGAUCCAACAAAGUUGAUUCCGGAUGUUAGCACAGUCGUCUUGCUGGGGACUCGACCGCCCUAUUUAAGUAUAGCCUCUUUUGGAGCCGCGUUAUAAAGCGGGUUUAUUGCAUUACAUAACUGCUUUCGACUUAUUCCACCCUAUGGAACUCAACUUCGGGUCUCUCUGAGAAUAUGGGAUACUGGCGUAGGGUAAUGGCAUGUACACAUAUUCCAAGGGUACCUAUCCAUUUAUAAAAGAUUUGUAGGUCCAGAUGUCCGUAGCUUACUGCCGAGCCGAGCUGACCGGCUACCUAGGUAGGUGU